CAGGAGGCGGGGCCUUGCGAUAAGUUAAGUGAGGUCCAGGCACAGCAGUUUCGUCAGCUGUUCCCUACCAUGGACCUUACACGCGCUGGAGCCCGGCUGCAAGUCCUUCUGGGACACCUGGGCCGACCCUCGGCCCCAGCGAUUGUAGCCCACCCUGUAUCAGGAUCGGCUUCCCCUGCCACUUUCUAUCCUGAACAAUUCCAGUAUACUUUGGAUAAUAAUGUUCUCAGCCUGGAGCAGAGAAAAUUUUAUGAAGAAAAUGGGUUUCUCGUCAUUAAAAAUCUGGUAUCUGAUGAUGACAUUCAACGUUUUAGAGCAGAGUUUGAAAGAAUCUGCAGAAAUGAGGUGAAACCACCGGGGAUCGUUAUAAUGAGAGAUGUGACCAUUGCAAAACAGGAUUAUAUUCCAAGUGAGAGAGUGGUUACAAGGAUCCAGGAUUUCCAAGAAGAUGAGGAGCUCUUCAGAUACUGCAGUCUCCCCCAGAUUCUGAAAUAUGUGGAGUGUUUCACGGGACCCAAUAUUAUGGCUCUGCAUGGGAUGGUGAUCAACAAGCCUCCAGACACUGGCAAGAAGACAUCCCGGCAUCCCUUGCAUCAGGAUCUGCACUAUUUCCCCUUCCGACCCAGCGACCGAAUUGUUUGUGCUUGGACAGCCAUGGAGCACGUUGACAGAAACAAUGGUUGUCUGGUUGUGCUCCCAGGCACCCACAAAGGUACUCUGAAGUUACAUGAUUACCCCAAGUGGGAGGGAGGAGUUAACAAAAUGUUCCAUGGCAUCCAAGACUAUGACCCAGACAGCCCCCGGGUCCAUGUGGUGAUGGAAAAGGGUGAUACUAUUUUUUUCCAUCCUCUGCUCAUUCAUGGAUCUGGUCGGAACAGAACUCAAGGAUUCCGGAAAUCAAUUUCCUGCCACUUUGGCAGCUCUGCCUGCCAGUACUUCGACGUAAGAGGCACCAGUCAAGAAAACAUCGGGAGGGAAGUUGUCGAAAUUGCAAAGAAACGUCAUGGAUUUGAAGGAGCCAUAGACUUCAGGGACACUUGGUUGUUUCGAUGCCGACUUGUGAAAGGAGAAAGAAUAAACCUUUGAAACAGCCCUUCAAGAGUCAGGUACGGGGAUGAGAGUCUGAGACAGGAGCACCGAGAGUUUGAGUACAGCCUGAGCUACACAGCAAGAUGCUAUCUCCUCCUCUUUCCCCCAUAAACAAAAUGAAAAGAGUUAGCUCUUCACUAUGAUUUCUUUAAAGAGAACAUCAAAGCAAAGCAAGACAUCUAAGGGAAAUGUUUUGUUUCUUUUUUAUUGUGAUGAUAUUAUCUUUUUAUCACCUGUAAACAAGAUCAAGACACAUGUAUUAGGGAAUGCAUGAAUUUAAUUAAUGUGGUACUAUGGUUUUAAUGGAAUGAAAUAUUACUGUUUUAAGAAAAACUAACCUGGAGUAUAACUAAUAAAGGUGACUGAGUAUAAUGUAA